AUGCCUGUCGACGAGGAUACAAAGGAUCGUGGCACGAUCACUGUGUUCACCGGAGCACAGAGACCGGACCUCCUGGCCCUCAUACAAAAAGAAGACUGUCCGUUGAUAUUUAUGUGGCCCGAGUUCCUGGAUGGAGCCAUAACCACUCAGCGCUAUUUCGAAAAGCUGUAUGAUUUUCCCCAGCUUGCCAAAUGCCAGCUUGUCGCUGUCCAUACGUUAGAUGGCACAGAGACUAUCGUCGGAAACGGCAAUUGCAUACCGUUCUUCUGGAGGGAGCUGGCGGGCAUCCGGGGCGACAGCAAGGGAUCGGACUUCGCAAGAGUGCUGCGAACACUACCAGAUGGAGGUUUCGAUACCAUUCUGGCUCGUGGUGUCCACCAGGUAAUCGCUCGAGAGGAUACAAAGAAGAAGCUCGAGCCCGUCGCCCUCACUCACGACCAGGUCAAGGAUAUGGACAGCUGGACUCUGACAGAGCCGCCCAAUGCCCUUUCCGCCCUAGCUAUUGCCGUCCUCCCGGCCUGGAGAAGCUACAACGUUGCUGAAAUGCUCAUCAAGGCAAUGAAAGAGGUUGCGCAGGCCCAAAACCUGACCAUCCUCGUCGUGCCACUACGACCUACCCGGAAAGCAGAAUUCCCACACGUUGACAUGGCCGAAUACCUCGGAUGGAGCAAACAGACCGGAGGCCAGAACGGAAAACCCGGCAUGGCUGCUACAGAGCUUACCACCAGCAGAGAAACAAGCGGUUGCAACGGUUCAUCAGAAACAGUUUCGGCCGGCAACGAAGAUUCGGCAGCUUUCAUCCCGUUCGACCCCUGGCUGCGAAAACACAUCCGUCUGGGAGCUCGGAUGGUCAAGAUCGCGCGCCAGAGCAUGUAUAUCCGGGGCAGCGCAGCUGAGUGGAAGAACUGGUGUGACCUCGACGUCCGCCAGCAAGCAGACAAGGCCAUGAAGCAGCGGAAGAGCGUCUGGGUGGAACCUGGUGACACAGAGGCGCCUGUCAUCUUUACGCCCAGCGGCUGUCUGGCGCCGAUGCAGUACUACCCUAGUAGGGACGUGGGGGAGUACUGCGAGCCCAACGUCUGGCUCUUCCACUCUCUCGACUAG